AUGUACGUCUUUGUUGCUGUGGCUGUACUUCUGACAUUCACCCUGGUUAAGGCUGGGAAAUGUCCCAGGAUGUGCAGCUGUGAUGGUACCAAGCUCACCGUUACAUGUGCUGGCAAGAAUUUGACUGAGGUUCCCCCAACUGUUGACGAGAUUACUGUGAAACUAGACUUGAGGAACAACAACAUGAAGGCUCUUCCUAAAGGGAGUUUUGCACAGACUCCAUACCUCACCCACUUGAACCUUCAGAGCUGUAACGUUGAAAAGGUCAUGGAGGGCGCCUUUAGGAGCCUGGGUCGUCUCGUCUCCUUAAACCUAGCCUACAACAAAAUUGGCAUCUUAUUUCAGGAGUCCUUCGAUGGACUUUCAUCCUUGAAGGAGCUCAAUCUUCAUCAUAACCGCAUAGAGGAGAUCCAACCUGGAGCCUUUACCCAGCUUGGUGUUCUCAACAUGUUGGAACUUACUCACAAUGAACUGGUUUACAUACCCAACAUGGCAUUUCAGGGUCUUCACAAUAUAAAAUGGCUGCGUCUUAGCCAUAACUCGUUGAACAAUCUGGCACCCGAAGCGUUUGCGGGUCUGUUCACACUUACCCGGCUCAGUUUGGAUCACAAUGAGUUGCAGUUUUUCCCAACGCAGACUAUGACCAGACUUUCUGAGGUCACCCGUCUGGACAUGGACCACAAUCCUAUGAUUUAUCUCGGCGAAGAAGCAGUCUCCAUGGCCAAGCUCACACAUCUGUAUCUCAACCAUAUGUCUCUGCAGGAUUUCUCUGACCAAGCACUUUCCAAAGCCCCAUGUUUGUCCCACUUGGAUGUUAGUUACAAUCAGCUCCGUUACUUGGAGCCACUAUCAGGGCCUAAGCAGCUGGUCAGCCUCAACCUCACAGGUAACCGUGUGUACUGUAACUGCUUCUUGCGGCCGUUGAGGCAGUGGGCUCAGAGGAAGGCUGUGAAGCUGGUUGGAUCAUGCACAGGACCAGGUCACCUCUCAGACGAGCCUCUGGACAAAGUCACUGUUUUAGAUCUACGCUGUCGUCGAGGGGAGGCUCUGAAUGAAGAGACUGAGAAAGAUGAAGCACCGAGCCCCCAACCCACAAAUACAACCCUGGAAAAAGUCCAAUGUCCUGAAAACUGCGACUGUAAUGUUGAGGGUCAACAUGCCUCUUGUGAGGGGAGAGGUCACACUAAAGUCCCCAAAGGUUUCCCUGCUUCCACACAGUUACUGGAUCUUCGUAACAACCACUUCCACUACGUCCCCAUCAACAGCUUCAAAUCAGCCAGCACUGUGCUUUCUCUCCAUCUUGAACUCUGCAAGAUCCAUGAGAUUGAAGGUGGGGCCUUCAGCGGAAUGAAGAAUCUGCUUUAUCUCUAUCUAUCUGACAAUGAUCUCACAUCCUUGGAUCCUGAGGCUUUUAAGGGAGCCCCGCAGCUCACAUACCUGCACCUGGAGGGAAACCGGCUACAGCAGUUCCCUGGAACAGGUCUGUCAAAGGCAACUCAACUGGAGGAGCUCAACCUUUCCCACAACUUUAUUAAGUGGGUCAAACCAAAAGCUUUCCAAAUGGUAUCCCGAACCCUCAAGAAGCUCAAGAUGAAUGAAAUGGGCACUGAGAAGUCUUCGGGCAAGAUGGCGGCAGCGAUGGAUGUUGAUACUCCGAGCGGAACGAACAGUGGGUCCAGUAAGAAACGAUUUGAGGUCAAAAAGUGGAAUGCAGUGGCACUGUGGGCAUGGGACAUCGUGGUGGAUAACUGUGCAAUCUGCAGAAACCACAUUAUGGACCUCUGUAUAGAGUGUCAAGCUAAUCAAGCCUCUGCUACAUCUGAGGAGUGCACCGUCGCUUGGGGUGUUUGCAAUCAUGCGUUCCACUUCCACUGCAUUUCCCGUUGGCUGAAAACCAGGCAGGUUUGCCCAUUAGACAACAGAGAGUGGGAAUUUCAGAAAUAUGGACACUAG